AUGGGAACUAGAAAUAUGGAAAACAUUCCUGAAGCCGUUAAUAAAAGUGAAUUUAUUCCCUACACGAAAUCAUAUGAUAGGGAAGACCCACAAGUCGAAAGUUUUACCAAAAGUAAAUCUACAGGAUUAACUAUACAAUUCAAAAGACGAUUAUCUCUUUCUGCAGAAUCUCAGGAGAAAGUUAAAAUCUUAAAGUUAGAUGAAUCAACCGAGUCCAUGGAAAUAGACAACACUGACAUUGGUGAUACUAUUUAA